GGGUCAAGCCAGGUCGAAAAAAGUGACGUGUGGACUUUGGAAUAACAGGGGAAGAGUGUUGUCCAGCCUAGUAGACGGAAUCUGCUGUGUGGCAGUAGGACCCACCGUGGAGGUUUAAGGCCUAGUCAUGUCAGCGUCUGCACUGCGCGCACAAGUGUCCCAAUGGGGUCGGGGUUGCUCGAGGACCUAUGGCUGGACAAGUUACCAGUCGCUACAUAGUUCUACUACCUGCCGCGCCGCUUCCAAAGAGCACGUGAAAGUUCUGGUGCUCGGGGGUGGAAGCGGGGGAAUCACAAUGAGCGCCCGCAUGAAACGGAAAGUUGGGGCUGAAAAUGUUGCCGUGGUGGAACCAAGUGAGAUGCAUUACUACCAACCAAUAUGGACUCUGGUUGGAGCAGGCGCUAAGACUGUGGAGUCUUCUGGGCGUCCCACUGCCAGCGUAAUGCCCUCUGGAGUGAGGUGGAUCAAAUCCAAAGUGUCUGAAGUUAGCCCCGACACCAACUCUGUUCGCACCGACUGUGGGAAAGAGAUAACGUACGAGUAUCUCAUUGUGGCACUGGGACUUCAGCUUCACUAUGAGAGGAUUAAAGGUCUGCCAGAGGGGCUUGAUCAUCCCAAGAUCGGCUCCAACUAUUCACGGAAGACAGUGCAGAAAACCUGGAAGGCCCUUCAGGACUUCAAAGAAGGAAACGCCGUCUUCUCCUUCCCCAAUUCACCAGUCAAGUGUCCCGGGGCACCUCAGAAGAUCAUGUACCUGACAGACGCGUACCUCAGAAAGACGGGGAAGAGGUCCAGUGCCACCAUCACAUACAACACAUCUUUACCGGUUCUGUUUGGCGUCAAGAAAUAUGCCGACGCGCUGUGGGAGAUCUGCAAGGCCCGAGACCUGAACGUAAACCUCCGUCACAACCUCGUAGAAGUGCGGCCUGACAAGCAGGAGGCAGUGUUUGAGCACCUGGACAAACCUGGAGAGACAAAAGUUUUUCAGUAUGAGAUGCUACACGUCACUCCCCCAAUGGGCCCUCUUGAUGUGAUGAAAGGGUCCCCCCUGGCUGACGGGGCCGGCUGGCUCAACCUCAACAAGGAGACCCUGCAGCAUCAACUUUACCCCAACGUCUUUGGCAUUGGAGACUGCACCAACCUGCCCACGCCAAAGACCGCCGCCGCAGUGGCUGCACAGUCUGCUGUUCUGGACAGAACGAUCAGCAGAGUGAUGGAGAAAAGCCAGCCCGAUAAAAAGUAUAACGGCUACACGUCGUGCCCUUUGGUCACCAGCUACAACACGGUCAUCCUGGCCGAGUUUGACUACAACCUCCAGCCCCAGGAGACCUUCCCCCUGGACCAGGGCAAGGAGCGGAGGGUCAUGUACCACAUGAAGGCUGACUUCAUGCCACAUCUCUACUGGCACGGCAUGCUCAGGGGCCUGUGGGGAGGACCGGCACCGUACCGCUCCGUCAUGCACUUGGGGAUGAAGUAGAGUCCCAUGGGCCACAAGACACCAAUAUUUAAUAUUGAUAUAUUUUAGGAGUCUAACAGCUGGAGGAACCAAGUGCAUAACAACUACUACUGUAGUUUAUUGGACACUCAGGUGAAUAUAUAUAUUUUUUGUAUUAAAGGGGUAUGCCACUAUUUUGGGGCUUAAUACAGUUAAAAUCGUUUGCCAGGGUUUAUAAAGGUGAUUAAGUUUCUUAUUUUUCAUGUAAGCCGUUGUCUUGCUUUAAGACAAGUUAAAGGAGGGAGCCUUUAAUGAAGAGAAAUACUUUCCAAAACACAUUUUUUUUAAAUACUGUAUUUAAAGGUUUCUUUAUUGGUUGCACUUUUGUUUUCCGACACUGACCAUGCUCUGCUACCUCAGGAUGAUGGAUGAGUGCAUAAGUAAAUGGCUGAAAGGAAUCAAACAAUCAACGAUUAAAUAAAAGAAUAAAGGUGA